GUGAAGCACUACCUUUUUUUUGCUCUUGUCCCAGGGAGCACAACUUUACUCCUUUCUUUUCUGUCCAGUCUCCACUAAACAAAAGAACCUCUGGACAGUUUACCACUCUCCAGGACCUGAAGCCUCUACAGGAGUGCGACAGGACUGGAGAUCUCUAUGCUCAGGAAUAUUGUCACUCUUCCUUCAUCAGAACAACUGUAACAAGCAAUCAAGAAACUUAAUUAGGGAAAUUGGACAAACCUUCAACCCCUAUCAUAAUGGGGGGGAUAUGGCUGGCCAAAUUUAUGCUGGGAUGUACAGCACUGUGGUAUGCAGAGCAAGCUCAGGGCCAGCUGGAACUCGGUGACCAUCAAGUGGACAGGUUUGCAGGCUAUGAAGACAGACAAGCACUCAGGGUGAGAAGGAGAGGACAGGACACGUUAAGAGGACCAAAUGUUUGUGGAUCUCGGUUUCAUUCAUAUUGUUGCCCAGGGUGGAAAACACUACCAGGCGGAAACCAGUGUAUUGUUCCAAUCUGCCGGAACUCAUGCGGAGAUGGAUUUUGCUCACGGCCGAACAUGUGUACAUGCUCCAACGGACAACUUUCUCCAACUUGUGGAGCUGGUGCAGUUAUGAAUUGCAAUGUGCGCUGCAUGAACGGUGGAUCCUGCAAUGAGGACUCAUGUUCCUGUCAGAAAGGAUACACUGGGACCCACUGUGGACAACCUGUAUGUGAAAACGGUUGUCAGAAUGGAGGACGUUGUAUCGGGCCAAACAGAUGUGCCUGUGUUUAUGGAUUUACUGGACCUCAAUGUGAAAGAGAUUACCGUACCGGACCAUGUUUCACACAAAUCAGCAACCAAAUGUGUCAAGGACAGCUUAGUGGUAUUGUGUGCACAAAGACAUUGUGCUGUGCUACCAUUGGCCGUGCCUGGGGUCAUCCUUGUGAGAUGUGUCCUGCUCAACCACACCCUUGCCGUAGGGGAUUCAUACCAAAUAUCCGAACUGGAGCUUGCCAAGAUGUGGAUGAAUGUCAAGCUAUACCUGGCCUGUGCCAAGGUGGUAACUGUAUCAAUACAGUUGGAUCCUAUGAGUGUAAAUGCCCAGCUGGACACAAACAGAGCGAGACCUCACAGAAGUGUGAAGAUAUCGAUGAAUGUAGCACAAUCCCUAAUGUGUGUGAUGGAGGGGAGUGCACCAACACUGCUGGAAGCUAUGUCUGCAUAUGUCCUAGAGGGUUUACCGCAAGCUUGGAUGGGUCACGUUGCAUUGAUCAGAGGGCUGGGAGCUGUUUCUCUGCAUUAAUUGGUGGUCGGUGUGCUGGAGAACUUCCUGGUCAAUACACAAAAGGACAAUGUUGUUGUGAAACUGGACGUUGCUGGGCCUUAGGUCAAACCCCUGAGAUGUGUCCAGUCAGAGGGAGCGAUGAAUACCGAAGACUUUGCAUUGAAAGCCUACCCCUUGGCCCUGCAUACCCAGGAACCUAUCCUAUUGGCCCUGGUGGUGUUGGACCAGGUGGAAUUGGGCCAGGGAUUAUUGGGCCUGGCGGUAUUGGACCAGGGGGUAUUGGACCUGGUGGAUUUGGCCCAAUUGGGAUCGGACCUAAUGGACAAGGACCAAUAUCAGGAUUGCCUAGUGUCGGCACAGAAAUUGGAACAGCAACACUAAACCAGACUGGAGAUAUAUGCAAACACUUUACAAACCUGUGCCAGAAUGGGCGUUGUAUCCCCACGCCAUCCAGUUAUCGAUGUGAAUGCAAUAUGGGUUACAAACAGGACAGCCGACUUGAAUGUAUAGAUGUCGAUGAGUGCGCCAGCAGUCCAUGCAUUCACGGAGACUGUGUGAACACGCAAGGAUCAUACCAAUGUAGGUGUCAUGAAGGAUUUCAGAGCAACCCCACCAGACAAGCAUGCAUUGAUAUUGAUGAAUGCAUCAUGAAUGGAGUGAUGUGCCGUAAUGGCCGCUGUGUGAACACAGAGGGCAGUUUCCAGUGUAUCUGUAAUGCUGGGUUUGAAACUACUCCAGAUGGAAAGAACUGUGUGGAUCACGAUGAGUGCGCAACCACAAAUAUGUGCUUAAACGGGAUGUGUAUUAAUGAGGACGGCAGCUUUAAGUGCAUCUGUAAGCCAGGCUUUGUAUUGGCACCAAAUGGACGCUACUGUGUUGAUGUAGACGAAUGUCAGACACCAGGAAUCUGCAUGAACGGACGCUGCAUUAACACAGAAGGUUCCUUCCGUUGCGAAUGCUUGGGUGGACUGACCAUUGGCAUUGAUGGACGCGUUUGUGUGGACACCCAUAUGCGCAGCACUUGUUAUGGAGGCAUUAAGAAGGGAACUUGUGCCCGUCCGUUCCCUGGCGCUGUUACCAAAUCUGAGUGUUGCUGUGCUAAUCCUGACCAUGGAUUUGGGGAACCUUGCCAGCCUUGCCCAGCCAAGAACUCUGCUGAAUUUCAGGCUCUUUGCAGCAGUGGUAUUGGUAUAACUGCAGAUGGCAGAGAUAUUAAUGAAUGUGCCUUGAACUCUGAAAUUUGCCCUAAUGGCAUCUGUGAAAACCUUCGUGGCAGCUAUCGUUGUAUCUGUAAUGUGGGCUAUGAAUCAGAUUCAAGUGGGAAGAACUGCGUGGAUGUCGAUGAGUGUGCAGUGAACCGCCUGCUCUGUGACAAUGGCCUGUGCCGUAACACUCCUGGAAGCUUCACCUGCCAAUGCCCCAAGGGUUAUGUUUUUAAGCCUGAGUCUGAGACUUGUGAAGAUAUCAAUGAAUGUGCUUCCAACCCCUGUGUCAAUGGUGUCUGUAGAAACAAUGCUGGCUCUUUCGUGUGCGAGUGCUCAUUUGGAAGUAAACUGGAUUCCACCGGAACUGUUUGUGUGGAUAGCAUGAAAGGAACAUGUUGGUUGAACAUCCAAGAUGGUCGAUGUGAAGUCAACAUCAAUGGCGCCACUUUGAAAUCUGAAUGCUGUGCCACAUUAGGAGCUGCCUGGGGAAGCCCUUGUGAACGUUGUGAAAUUGACACUGCAUGCCCAAGAGGUUACUCCAGGAAGAAGGGAGUUGCAUGUGAAGAUGUAAAUGAAUGUGAAGUAUUCCCAGGUGUGUGCCCUAAUGGACGUUGUGUCAAUUCUGCUGGUUCUUUCAAGUGCGAAUGUCCUGAAGGCUUAAUCCUGGAUGGGUCUGGCAGAAACUGUGUUGAUAUACGUGUGGAACAGUGCUACUUGAAAUGGGAUGAGGAUGAAUGCACUUCUUCUUUGCCUGGAAAAUACAGAAUUGAUAUGUGCUGCUGCACUGUGGGUGCUGCCUGGGGUAUCGACUGUGAAGAGUGCCCAAAACCUGGUAGUGAUGAAUAUAAGACCACUUGUCCAAGAGGACCUGGCUUUGCUAACAGAGGAGACAUUCUCUCUGGUCGUCCAUUCUACAAAGAUGUCAAUGAAUGUAAGGUAUUCAACAGCUUGUGCAACCACGGAACAUGCCGAAACAGCAUUGGAAGCUUCAGGUGUAUUUGUGAGAGUGGAUUUGCUCUGGAUGCUGAAGAAAGGAACUGUACAGACAUCGAUGAAUGCCGGAUUUCUCCUGACCUCUGUGGCUAUGGAACUUGUGUCAAUACUCCUGGAAGCUUUGAGUGUGAAUGCUUUGAUGGUUAUGAGAGUGGAUUCAUGAUGAUGAAGAACUGUAUGGAUAUCGAUGAAUGUGAAAGAGACCCACUGCUGUGUAGAGGAGGAACAUGCAUCAACACUGAUGGCAGCUUUGAAUGUAUUUGCCCCCCAGGCCAUGAGCUGACUACAGAAGGCAAUGCCUGCGUUGAUGUAAAUGAGUGUUCUUUGAGUGAUAACCUCUGCAGGAACGGGCGGUGCGUCAACAUGAUUGGAACUUACCAGUGCUCUUGUGAUUCUGGCUUCCAGUCUACUCCUGAUCGCCAGGGUUGUAUCGAUAUUGAUGAAUGUACAAUCAUGAAUGGAGGAUGUGACACCCAAUGUACCAACUCAGAAGGCAGCUAUGAAUGCAGCUGUAGUGAGGGAUAUGCACUUAUGCCUGACAAAAGAUCGUGUGCUGAUAUUGAUGAAUGUGAAGACAACCCAGACAUUUGUGAUGGAGGGCAGUGUACAAACAUCCCUGGAGAAUAUCGUUGCUUGUGCUUUGAUGGUUUCAUGGCUUCUCUGGAUAUGAAGACAUGUAUAGAUGUCAAUGAAUGUGACCUCAACCCUAACAUCUGCUUACAUGGCGAUUGUGAAAACACUAAAGGCUCAUUCAUCUGCCACUGCCAGUUGGGUUACUUUGUGAAGAAGGGAAGCACAGGAUGUACAGAUGUUGAUGAAUGUGAAAUCGGAGCACACAACUGCGAUAUCCAUGCAUCUUGCAUCAAUGUACCUGGAAGCUUUAAAUGCAAAUGUCAACCAGGUUGGGUUGGAGAUGGACUCAAAUGUGUUGACCUUGAUGAAUGCACCACAGAAGACCAUAACUGCAAUAUAAAUGCCAAUUGCGUUAACACUCCUGGAUCAUACCGUUGCAUGUGCAAUGAGGGAUUCAAUGGGGACGGCUUUUCUUGCUCAGACGUUGAUGAGUGUGCAGACAAUGUGAACCUGUGUGAAAAUGGCCACUGCUUAAAUGCCCCUGGAGGUUAUCGCUGUGAAUGUGAGAUGGGUUUUACUCCUACAGAGGACAGCAAGGCUUGUCAAGAUAUUGAUGAGUGUACUUUCCAGAAUAUUUGUGUCUUUGGAACUUGUCAGAACCUACCAGGAAUGUUCCGCUGUGUCUGCGACGAUGGUUAUGAACUGGACAGAAGUGGAGGAAAUUGUACUGAUGUGAAUGAGUGUGCCGACCCAGUGAAUUGUAUCAAUGGAUUGUGUGUGAACACACCAGGAAGCUACUUGUGCAACUGUCCACAGGACUUUGAGUUAAACCCCACUGGUGUGGGCUGUGUUGAUACUCGUGUCGGAAAUUGCUACUUGGAAACUAUAACCAGAGGUGAUGCUGGCCUCGCCUGCAGUGCAGAGAUUGGAGUUGGAGUUACAAGAGCAUCCUGCUGCUGCAGCUCCUUAGCACGGGCUUGGGGCAAUCCAUGUGAAAGCUGCCCUCUGGCCAACUCCACUGAAUACAAGACUCUGUGUCCAGGAGGAGAGGGAUUUAGACCAAACCCCAUUACAGUUAUUUUGGAAGAUAUUGACGAAUGUCAAGAACUACCUGGCCUGUGUCAGGGUGGAAACUGUGUAAACACUUUUGGAAGCUUUCAAUGCGAGUGCCCACUUGGCUACUAUCUGAAUGAAGAGACCCGCAUUUGUGAAGAUAUUGAUGAGUGCUCUACCCACCCUGGCAUCUGUGGCCCUGGUACUUGCUAUAAUACCUUAGGGAACUACACAUGUGUUUGCCCACCAGAGUACAUGCAAGUCAACGGGGGAAACAACUGUAUGGACAUGAGAAAGAGUGUGUGUUACCGUAACUACAAUGACACAUGUGAGAAUGAACUCUCCACCAACAUGACAAAGAAAAUGUGCUGCUGCUCCUACAAUAUUGGCAAAGCCUGGAACAAACCCUGUGAACCAUGCCCUGUGCCUGCUAGUCCGGAAUACCAAAUUCUCUGUGGAAAUCAAGCACCUGGAUUUAUUAUCGACAUCCGCACUGGCAAACCUAUGGAUAUUGAUGAAUGCAGUGAAAUCCCAGCCAUUUGCACCAAUGGAGUAUGCAUCAACCAGAUUGGAAGCUUCCGCUGUGAAUGUCCAAUGGGAUUUAGCUACAACAACAUUCUACUCAUCUGUGAAGAUAUUGAUGAGUGCAGCAGUGGCGAGAACCUGUGCCAGAUAAAUGCAGAUUGUAUUAAUAUCCCGGGAUCAUACCGCUGUGAAUGUUCCAGUGGAUACAAGCUGUCCCCCAGCGGUGCUUGUGUAGGCCGUAAUGAGUGCAAUGAAAUUCCCAAUGUCUGUAGCCAUGGAACAUGUGUGGACACAACUGGAAGCUACAUCUGUAUCUGUCACAACGGCUUCAAAGCAAGUGCAGACCAAACCAUGUGCAUGGAUAUUGAUGAGUGUGAUCGUCAGCCUUGUGGUAAUGGUACUUGCAAGAACACCGUUGGAUCCUAUAACUGCCUUUGCUUCCCUGGUUUCGAACUAACUCACAACAAUGACUGCAUGGACAUAGACGAGUGUUCCUCCCUUGCUGGACAAGUUUGCAGAAACGGACAGUGCAUCAACAAUGUAGGCUCAUUCCAAUGUCUGUGCCAGGAAGGAUAUGAGAUAACUCCUGAUGGAAAGAACUGCGUGGAUAUUAACGAGUGUAUUAGCCUGCCUGGAACCUGUUCUCCUGGUACUUGCCAAAAUCUGGAAGGAUCUUUCCGUUGCAUCUGCCCUCCAGGAUAUGCUGUGCAGAAUGAUAAUUGUAUUGAUAUCAAUGAAUGCGAAGACGAACCAAACAUCUGCCUAUUUGGAACUUGCACUAACACCCCUGGAAGCUUUCAGUGUGUAUGUCCUCCAGGAUUUGUCCUAUCGGAUAAUGGACGACGUUGCUUUGACACCCGUCAAAGCUUCUGCUUUACUCGAUUUGACAAUGGAAAAUGUUCCGUUCCUAAAGCAUUCAAUACCACAAAAGCAAGGUGUUGCUGUAGCACCAUGCCUGGAGAAGGCUGGGGAGAUCCCUGUGAGCUGUGCCCACAAGAAUCAAGUGUGGCUUUCCAGGAUCUUUGUCCUUAUGGCCAUGGUUCUGUUCAAGACCGAACUGACACCAGAGAAGAUGUCAAUGAAUGUGCUGAGACUCCUGGAAUUUGUGUCAAUGGGAUCUGUAUUAAUACCGAUAGCUCUUUCCGUUGUGAAUGUCCAUUUGGAUAUAACCUUGACUUCACAGGAGUUAACUGCGUAGACACGGAUGAGUGCUCCAUCGGGAACCCUUGCGGCAAUGGAACAUGUACUAAUGUGAUUGGAGGAUUUGAAUGUGCCUGUGAUGAAGGCUUUGAACCUGGACCUAUGAUGACUUGUGAAGAUAUCAAUGAGUGCACAAACCCCCUGCUGUGUGCUUUCCGUUGUAUAAACAUGUAUGGAUCAUAUGAAUGCACAUGUCCUUCUGGCUACACCCUAAGAGAAGAUCGCCGCAUGUGCAAAGAUUUGGAUGAAUGUGCAGAAGGUCUACAUGACUGUGAAUCCAAAGGCAUGAUGUGCAAGAAUCUCAUUGGUACAUUUAUGUGUAUUUGUCCACCUGGAAUGCAGAGGCGCCCCGAUGGCGAAGGAUGCAUGGAUGAAAAUGAAUGUCGCACAAAGCCGGGUAUUUGCCCCAAUGGACGCUGUGUGAAUACCAUUGGAAGUUACAGAUGUGAUUGUAAUGAUGGGUUCCAGGUCAGCGCCUCUGGAACAGAAUGUAUUGACACCCGUCAAGGAUCUUGUUUCACUGAAGUUCUACAGAUAAUGUGCCAGCUUUCAUCUACAAAUCGUAACAUGGUCACCAAAUCUGAGUGCUGCUGUAAUGGAGGUCGAGGCUGGGGCAACCAGUGUGAAUUGUGUCCCCUCCCAGGAACUGCAGUUUAUAAAAAGAUGUGUCCACAUGGUCCUGGCUUCACCACUGAUGGAAGAGAUAUUGAUGAAUGCAAAGUUCUGCCGAAUCUAUGCAAAAACGGCCAGUGUAUAAACACCAUUGGGUCUUUCCGCUGUCAUUGCAAUUUGGGCUAUACCACAGACUUCACAGGGACCACUUGUGUUGAUCUCGAUGAAUGUGCCCAAUCUCCUAAACCCUGCAACUUUAUAUGUAAGAAUACAGAAGGCAGCUACCAGUGUUCAUGUCCUAGAGGAUACAUUCUACAAGAAGAUGGCAAAACAUGUAAAGACUUGGACGAAUGUUCAACCAAACAGCACAAUUGCCAGUUCCUAUGUGUUAACACGAUUGGAAGCUUCAACUGCAAGUGUCCACCUGGAUUUACCCAACACCAGUCUUCAUGCAUUGAUAACAAUGAGUGCAGCGCUCAGCCAACCUUGUGUGGAGCUCGUGGCACUUGCCAGAAUAACCCUGGCAGCUUUGUUUGUGAAUGUCAGAAAGGCUUCUCCCUGGACAGCACAGGCAGUAACUGUGAAGACCUAGAUGAGUGUGAUGGCAAUCAUCGCUGUCAACAUGGCUGCCAAAAUGUGCUCGGUGGAUAUCGUUGUGGCUGCCCCCAGGGAUAUGUGCAACAUUACCAGUGGAACCAGUGUGUGGAUGAGAAUGAGUGCUCCAGCCAGUCAACAUGUGGCUCUGCCUCCUGCUAUAACACUUUGGGAAGCUUCAAAUGCAUCUGCCCCUCAGGCUUUGAUUUUGAGUCCUCUUUUGGUGGCUGUCAGGAUGUAGAUGAGUGCUCAGGUGGUGGUGGAAAUCCUUGCAGCUAUGGUUGCUCCAAUACUGAUGGUGGCUAUCUGUGUGGAUGUCCAUCUGGAUAUUUCCGAGCUGGCCAAGGGCACUGUGUAUCAGGUCUUGGAUUUGGCAAAGGUGGUUACAUCCCAGCUCCAAUUGAAGAAGAUGAAGACAACAUCCUAUCCCCAGAGAACUGUUAUGAAUGCAAGAUCAAUGGUUAUCCAAAGAGAGGAAGGCAGCGGCGCAGUGCUAAUGGAACCUCUGAACAUGAGAAUCAUAUCAGCCUGGCUAGCGUUGACAUAGAUGCUCCACUUAAAAUGAGCUUGAACAUUUCUGACUUGAUAAAUAAACAACAUAUCAUGGAGCUCAUGCCAGCUCUGGUGCCACUGGAGAACCAUGUACGCUACAUUAUCUCUCAAGGCAAUGAGGAUGGCAUCUUCCGCAUUCACCAGAAGGAUGGCUUAAGUUUUCUCUACCUUGGACGCAAGAAGGUGGUUCCAGGCUUGUAUAACUUGGAGAUCGCCAGUGUGCCUCUAUACCGUAAGAAGGAACUGCAGAAAUUAGAGGAUGAGAAGGACUUCAACUACCUCAGUGGUGAAAUAGGCCAAGCACUCAAGAUGAAAGUUAAGGUUCAACUUUAUUAACACCAUAAGCAGACACUCCUCAUGUGGCCUUCACAAGAUCCGAACUUUACAUUUAUAGAGAAAGUCUUCUUCUGUCUUGUGUAUAAUUAGCAAGCUUUUGAGUCAGAACCUCAGCACUAAGACAAAAAUUGAUGGGAAAUGUGGAAUAUGAUUUCAACAGUGACCAACGUCCGUAUGUAUUUUUGGAUUUUUUUUUUAUUCAUAGUAUUUUUGUUGUAUAAAAGUUGGGAGUGAGGUUUAAAAAUACAAGUUGACAGGGUGAGAAAAAAGUACAAUGGAUAGGAUGCAUUGGAUGUUCAGAGUGAAACCAGCAGAUGUAUACAAAGAUGGAGGGUGUGUAAUUCAUUUGUCUCCUUUUAAACCGCAAGACCAGGGAUGUUGAUAGGAGAAUGAAAUUAGUGCCUUAUGAUAGAAACAGUCAUGGUUUUACCAGAAAUGUUGCAAAAUCAGGUGUAUUUUGAACAAGAGUACUAUAAGACUGUACAUAUAAUAUUUGAAGGUAAAUCAUAUUAUAUCUGAGGAUUGGUUAGGUAGUUGCUACAAAUGAUUAGUACAAAUCCAAACUUAAUAUUUUGGAAUUAUGUGCAAUAGUUAUCAGUUCUUUGCAUAGAAGAACUGUUAACAUUUGCUAUUGUAUCAUCACUGUCAUUAACCAUGUGUGUAAACCAACUGACAUGAGUGAAGCCUGCAAGAUAUAUGUAAAACAUAAUUUAGUUUACAGCCAUAGUUCUCUUUGUUCUUAUCUUCCAUAAUGUCUGAUUUUUUUAGGUAGCCCCCAAAAAUAUUUUGGUUUUAUCUGGAUCAUAGCAAAAAAGUACCUAUAGAUACCGUCCCAUUAGGCACCAAGUAAAGUGUGGUCAAAAAACAAAAACACAAGUAUUAUGCUUUUAAACAAAGCUAUAUCUUACUUUACAUAAGUAAGAAGAAAAUAAUAAAAUAGAUAUUUAAGAUAGACUAACAUGUCACCGGCCAAAUGUUUUGAAGCUAGCUCAUAUGAUGGUGACUGGAGGUGCACUUUUUUUCAUUUUUUUUAAAGAAAGAGCUAUUAAAAUCUCAAUUGGUUGUUACACCAAAACCACCACAAGCUAGAAACAUUGUAUUUUUAUUUAUAAGACACAAAAAUAUUUAAACUAGUUGAUUAGAAGGAUAUUUGAUGCUUCCAGUUGUUCCAUGGCACUACGUUUCCUUAUAGGUGCAAAAUCUUAGUCUUUUAGAGGCAUUGCCUCUGGGAGACACAUUACCUCCUUUGUUCAAAUUACUGUAGUCUUCUAACCUCAGGCUGCAAAGGUAAAGGUAAGGAUCCUAAUAUAAUAUUAUAUAAGUAAAGACAGCAGCAGAGAACUGGUUUGCCUUCAUGUGCCAGGUAUGGCUGGUAUACAUUAAAAUGUAAUUGAGCUUCAGUAGUGAAAACCAUUCCAAAAUGGCAGCAGAUGAAACUAUAUCUCAGUCUGUGUUUUUCCUUCUACUGGACUGCUUGAAAAAAAAAAA